AUGGCUUCGAAAACUUUCACAGCCACUGCGGCCAUGGCGCUGGCUUUUUCAUUACCGGCUCUUGCAGCCGUGUUCCCUAAUGAUGUUUUUAAGCGCGCCGAGAUUGAGCAUAUGUCUUUGGAGGAGCGUGGCGCCAUGGAUGCUUCGUUACUGUGGGAUGCGGGAGAAGUUCCUUACAUUUUACAGCAACUCCCGCACGACCUGUCCAAUUCUAUUCGCGAUGCCAUGAGGCAGUGGGAACAAAAUACCUGUAUCCGGUUCGUCCCCAAGACGAACCAGGGGGCUUGGGUAACCUUCAAGAAGUAUAACCAAGGCUGCUAUGCGCAAAUUAUGGGCGCCCCUGCUUCCGGGGAGGUUAUUGUAAAUCUCGACUACCCCAGUUUACGGGAUAAUGUUUUGAGCCUUGGCACUUACAAGGGCUGUAUGGAAAACGGCAUACCUGGUCACGAGCUGGGCCAUGUGAUUGGACUGGCCCACGAGCACCAGCGACCUGACCGUGAUCAAUAUAUUCGGGUGUGGAUGGAAAAUGUUGACCAAAGGGACGUGAGCCAGUUUGAGAUCUAUGAACCAGCCAACACGUCGCUGCCUUUCGACUACAAUUCAAUCAUGCUUUACGAUACCAAGGCUUUUUCCAGGAAUAACCGUGCCACCAUUUCAACGAUCACGGACAAACCAAUCGACCCCUGGGAUACGCCUACGGUCAAUGAUCUCAAGGCGGUCAACAACGCCUACGGCUGCGAAGAAUACUUCACGCGAACGGUCCCGAAGUGUCGUGCCGGCUCCAUCCCUUCAGACGGUAACAGGUCUUCGUACAGUUUCAUUCUAGACAAGUAUACGGAGCAGUACAUGCGUGAAAACAACUAUACGCACGUUGCGGCUCACCAAGAAUGCCGCGCCAACACGUUGAACCAGGGCACGGACAACUGGGGCUUCAAUCCCUUGCAUGGCUGGGGUCCUCGCUCUCAAUAUACAGUUUCUGUUGACCGAUGCAAGAAGGACUUUGACCGCCACGCCAGUCGUUACGAGGUUGCGUUGUGCAAGGGCGACAACGAGGAUGCUUGCGAUAUCAAAUGUGGUACACGCCGUGUCUGCCCCUUCGAUGCUAGCGGAAAGCAGGUCGACAGCAAGGCCAUCGAUAUUGUAGAUGAUACUCUGUGGGUUUGUCAUCCCCACUAA